AGAAGAGCAUAAAUAUUACCAAGGGAAAGAUGAAGAGUGAGGGAAAAGUUCUGUGUGGACGGGGAGGGAUCGAGGGAAGGAGAGGGGGAGGGAAAACGGGAGAGUCAUAGCAGCCGAUCAGUGCACAACCCUCACGCCGCACACACUCGGUCGCCGGGCUCCGCGCAGGCAACACGUCACGCUCUCUCUCUCUCUCCCACACACCACCACCACCACCACCGCUACCAUCGCCGUCGCCUCUGCACCACCGAAAACGAAAGUGAAAAAAAGAGAGCUAACAAAAAAUAAUAAUAAUGAAAUAACGCCGCUGCUACCGCCUUCAUUCCUUUUGCAGUGGAACACGCUUCUGUAUUUUAUUUAUUUUUCGUUAACGUUGACUCCCGCAUUCGAUUCUGGCACUGGUCCUGGUCCUCCUCUUUAACCCCACCCUCCCCCUCCUCCUCCCGAAAAAAAGAAUGUAAAUGAAAAUGUGAAAUACGUGAAAUGCGUAAAAAUAAGAAAACAUGCAAACACAAAAAUGAUUCAAUGAUAUUACUCGUUUUCUGAAGCUUUGCCUGUUACGAUGUUUUAAUUAACGAAACGAACGAACGGAAAGAGAGAAAGAAAACAAAAUCAGAAAAUAGAAAAGAAGGAGAGCUAAAAGAAAAAAGAAGAAAGAAGCAAAGUCGCCAAUCGGACAAAGAAGAAAAAAGAAAAAAAGGUGGAAAUAAUAAUACAUAAUACAGUUUUUUUUUUUACCUGGUACACUGUUGGUUACACGUGACCGAGCAAGGGAAGAUUCAUAAGUCACUCACCGUGUUUGCGUGUGUGUGUGCUUGUAUGAGUGUGCGAGUGUGCGUGAGAAGUGGCGGCGAGCAGCGCAAACGUUUCGGUGCCUGGUAAACGUUUCCGGGGAGCGAGGCGUCAGCGGCAGCGGCAAAGACAGAAAGACAGACAACCUACGAUACAGAGGCGACGAUUCUCUUGGGCCGAGUCGUCGUCUGCGUCAUCGUCGUCUGCGCCUCCAAGCUAGUGGUGCGUCCCUCCUUCCUUCCCCUGUGUGUGGUGGGCGGGACCAACAACAACAACAACAGGAGCGUCCGAGCAAGAGCCAACGACCUGUCACCACCACCACCACCACCAUCACCCCCCCCAUUAACCUCUACCCAAACACAUUUAUCGUUGCCUUCUCUGCUACACAUACACACGACCAUCCAAUCACUCCCUUCAUUACAACUGUCCCUACCUACCAUUAUACCUUUCUAUCAUCCACUUCCCUACUAAUACAAGACCAUCAAUCACACGAGAACACACACUCAAGUAGCGAUCACUGCCAUCGACACCAUCACUACUACCACCAACACUACCACCAACACUACCAACACUACCACCAACACCAUCACUAAGACAGGGAAAUACUACCACUUAUUUAAACCUCUGUACACCUGAGCAACACUACCACCACCAACAACACCUCCACCAACAACACCAAUAGAUACGACCACCAGUAAAGACUACCACCACUACCACCACCAUUACCUUCAACACCAACAUAUACCACAAUCACUACCCCCACCACCAAUAAAUACCACCGCUACUACCACCUUCAACACCACACACACUAAAACAAGCAACAAUCACCACCAAUUUCAACCAAAACACGAUUUCUUGCUAACAUUUGAAACUCUCACCCCUAAACUCCACUAGGAAUCCAUCUGACUAAUAAAGAAAAAAAGAAAUAAAGAAUAACACUACCAUUACACCCACCUUCGUACACCACCACCACCACCACUUUGGGCCAUGUCUCCACCUCCUCGCCUCCGACACCCUCACCCUUUACUUCUAAGUGACUGAGCGCCGUAUUUCUUUCUCUCUGCGCCUGACAUUUCCACCCCUUCCUCCUCCUCCUCCUCCUUCCCCCUUAAUACCUCCAUCAUGGCCCCAAAGCCGUGGCUGCUCCCGAGGGCCGCCGUCUUGAAACUGUUGCUACUGCUGCUUCUGCUCCUUCAGGCGGAUCCACUGAACGGCGAGGCGGAAACAGCACACACGGCUUCUUCGGCGGACUUUAAGGCCCUCCCCAGCCUCACCUCCUUCCCCUUCAACCUGCUGGACGCCGUCACGAGGCGGCCACGACAGAUCCGGUUCAAGAACUCGUACCUGGAACUGCCUGUGGGGCUGCGGGGCCUGGUGGGCAUCCGAGGACUCGGUCACCUGUCUUACUUCGUGCAGGUCGACGUGCCGGUCACUCCCCCCCUCAGCAAAGCCUUGGACAGGCUACCUGAGGGCACCAAGACCUACUUCCCUCCCCAUGUCUCCCUGCUGGGGGCCGCGGUCCCAGAGGGCGUCAUGACGGACGCCUCAAAGCGGCCGUCUGUCUCUAAAACUCUGGGGUCCUCGGGAGGGAAGGCAAGAAUCACCAUCAUCCCCAUCAAAAACCUUUCCCAAGUGAACGAUAACGAACUCGAUACUUUACUCUCUACUCCGACUGUUUCCACCUUACUCGAGACUGACGGUGGACUCUCAGCCACUCCAAGCGUCUCCACUUCCUCUAACCUGACUACCUCACCUCACAAUGCUUCAUAUACUCCUUCAGGAAUCUCAUGGCUUCCCGAACCUUUUAAUUUCUUGCGUGCCUCCCCGCCGGGAGUGUCUUCCGCACCUCCAGGCACGAGCAGAGUCACCACGGCACCAACAACAUAUGUAGCCCCGACACCCGCCACCGUCACCCACACGACCACAUCCUUCCCCUCUAGAGUUACCAACACUGCGCCAUUAACUUCAUCUCUUUCGUCUUCGUUCCUCUCAAGUUAUUUCUUUUCCAUCUUCUCAACCACUACGCCUACGCCUUUCACUCAACACACGGAGUCGUCCCUUGAAGCAGCGACCACCCCACAACGAUUAUCGAACUCGACACCAAGGAAUUCCUAUCUCUCGAAGAAACACUUUAAAUCUCAAGCGCCUUCUCCGUCAUCUACACCACCACUGACGCGAGUAACAUCAACACCCAAAACAACAACCCCAGCACCCUCCUCAUCUACGUCAUCUCGCUUACGUGCCAGAUAUCCGCCUCAGGCCAAGCCCACUUCCGCCGCAUCUUCAUUUCCCUUAAUUAAAAAACAUUCUUCAGCGCUCAAAUCAUUCGCUCUCCCCUCCACGCCUUCCACGUCUUCCCAGUCAUUUGCAUUCCCCUCGCCGCCCUCAUACCCGUCCGUCAAGUCACGCGCGCCCUCUUCAUCUAAGGCUUCCCCUCCGCCUCGCUCCUUAGCACCGCCUUCCACAACAUUUCCGUCAAAGCACGCUGUAAAAUAUGCAAAAUUCACACCUACAUCAUCACCGGUUAAGUCCGUCAAGAUACUUACGCCACCUUCCACAGAAUCUAGUUCGUUGCGUCCUAUCAGACCGCUACGGACGACUUCAUUUCCGAGCGUUAACCUUCCUAAACCACCUUUCCAAACCACCUCGGGGACCAACCGUAUCGGGCAAUCCGCAGUGAGUCCGCCCACCUCUUCUGUGUCAAGCACCGCGCGUCCCAUCCUUCCUAAAUAUCUUCGCAGGCCCACCACUGCCUCACCCCGACCGCCUUUAAAGAAACACAAUGUCCCCUCACGCUCUCCUCGGCCUCUUUCAUCUAAAGAUAAUUUCUCUCUACGAACACCGCAAGCUUCUCGAGGUGGCCUAUCCAGUAGUCCUUCUUCCCGCCUCUUAGCCAGAACGAGAGGUCUCUCCACACAAUCAUCUUUCCCGUCCUUCAAACACACGGCGGCGUCCCCACCCCCAAACACGCCGCCCACCAAGCCAAAGCAUACAGCUGUAGGGACUAAUCCAAAGACCUUUUCCAGCAUUUCAGCCCGGGUACUCCAGUCCCUCCCGAGCAGGAAGCAAGGCAAAGUGACACGAGAUAGAGAUAAUGACAAAAAGAGAGUAGGGGACAGGUUAGAUGGAGAAAUAGUAGGGACAGGAGGAAUAAUGGUAAAGGGAGAAGAAAGAGGAAGUGGAGGUAAAGGUAGGGGGGGUAAGGGAGGAAGUGAAGAGGGUAGAAGGGAAGGUAAGGCUGUGAGGAGAACACUUGGGGAGAUAAUGUUAGAAAGAAAAUUACAGCUGGCAAGACUGAAGGGCGGGGGAAAGGGGGUAGUAGACCAGGGUAGUAGACCAGGAAGGUUACAGGAAAAGAACCAACCAGACAGAGGGAACAGAGUGGUAGCUGACGGUCAGCGUGGAGACCUUCCUGCCCCUAGGACGACGCCCCAGCCAGACGGCAGAACACGACACCGUGACGGCCGCACACACGACAACGACGACGAUGACGACGACGACAACGUUUCUGUGCCUAAGCGCGGCAGCCCAACACGAAUGAGGAUAAGCUCAGUCGUCCCUCGCACCAGCUUCAGUUGUCCUGACGAGGCCAAAGGCGAAUACUUUGCUGACCGCGAAACUGGAUGUCAGGUGUUCCAUGUGUGCUGGGGAAAGAGGAGGGCGGCUUUCCUCUGUCCCGAGGGCACGCUCUUCAAUCAGCUGGUGCAGGUGUGUGACUGGUGGUACAACGUCGAUUGUGAUGCUGCGUCCGAGGAUGGAAAAAAGCGCCAAUCAGCUGCGGACAAAUGAGAGCCACGUUUCCCGCUGCAGCAACGCUCCUUUUGUGCCUGCCGACGCCGCCGCUUCAGGACACUAAUUCAGGAACGUCUCGUUCCCUCGCUCACGUGUUGAACGCUCAUGCCAGUGUUUCCUCUCACCAGGCUCGUUACAGCCAUUCUUAUUGUGUUCGGGUCAGUGAAUCAUAGCGGCCAAGAUCUGCCCGCCUGCGCGCCGCGACGGUCUCCGUGACUGGGGGCGAGGAGCGGCGCCACGUCCCGACCUUAGCCCCGACCACCCCUGCCCGGCACCCUCGCGGCGAAACUCGUGCUUCUGAGGCGCCAUACGGAUACCUGUGAUGUCAUUAUAGAUAUUCAUAAACAUUUCAAUAUGC